AUGGGUGCCAACCUCGACAUUGCCAAAGGUCGUGAGGUCUUGCCCAAGAACGUCAAGCCUCUCCACUACCACCUGACCCUGGAACCUAACCUCGAGACCUUCCAAUAUGAGGGCAAGGUCGUCAUUGAGUAUGCAUUCCUCAAGACUCGCCUUCCAUUUGACACCACAUCCAUCUCGCUGAACACAAUCGACAUUGACAUCAAGUCCACCGAGGUCCACUCAGGCUCGAAGCUCAUCACCUCUUCACCUAAGCUCUCUUACGAUGAGAACACCCAGACCACCACCGUCUCGUUCCCCGACACCAUCCCCGCCGGCCACAAGGCUACCCUCACACAGACCUUCACCGGUACCCUCAAUGACAACAUGGCUGGUUUCUACCGUUCAAGCUACAAGGGCGAGGAUGGCAGCGACAAGUACAUUGCCACCACUCAGAUGGAACCUACCGAUGCUCGCAGAGCUUUCCCUUGUUUCGAUGAGCCCGCUCUCAAGGCCGAAUUCACCAUCACUCUGGUCGCCGAUAAGCAUUUGACUUGCUUGAGUAACAUGGACGUCGCUCACGAGAAGGAUGCUCAUAACGGAAAGAAGGCCGUCACCUUCAACAAGAGUCCCCUUAUGUCGACCUACCUUUUGGCUUUCAUCGUUGGUGAGCUCAACAUGAUCGAGACCGAUGCCUUCAGACUUCCUGUCCGUGUCUUUGCAACUCCUGACAAGGACAUCGAGCACGGCCGCUUCUCUCUUGAACUCGCUGCUAAGACCUUGGAAUUCUACGAGACCAAGUUCAACAGCAAGUUCCCUCUCCCAAAGAUGGACAUGGUUGCCAUCCCCGACUUCAGCGCUGGCGCUAUGGAGAACUGGGGUCUGGUCACUUACCGUGUUGUUGAUCUCCUGUUUGACGAGAAGACCAGCGGUGCUUCCACCAAGCAGAGAGUUGCUGAAGUCGUACAGCACGAGCUUGCCCACCAGUGGUUUGGUAACCUUGUGACCAUGGACUUCUGGGACGGUCUCUGGUUGAACGAGGGUUUCGCUACUUGGAUGUCGUGGUACUCCUGUAACGAAUUCUACCCUGAGUGGAAGGUCUGGCAAGGUUACGUCACGGAUAACCUCCAAAGUGCUCUUGCUCUUGACUCUCUGCGCAGCUCCCACCCCAUCGAGGUUCCUGUCAAGCGUGCAGACGAGAUUAACCAGAUCUUUGAUGCCAUCUCGUACUCUAAGGGAUCUUGCGUCCUUCGCAUGGUUUCGAAGUACCUUGGUGAAGAGACUUUCAUGGAGGGUGUCAGACGCUACCUUAAGAAGCACGCCUUUGGCAACACCCAGACCAACGACCUCUGGGCUGCUUUGAGUGAUGCUAGCGGUAAGGAUGUUGAGAAGAUUAUGGACAUCUGGACCAAGAACGUCGGUUUCCCUGUUGUCAGUGUGACCGAGGAUGCCAAGAACAACUCCGUUCACGUCAAGCAAAACAGAUUCUUGCGCACCGCAGACGUGAAGCCUGAGGAGGACAAGGUUCUUUACCCUGUGUUCCUUGGCCUCCGCUCCAAGGACGGUGUUGACGAGGAGCUCACUCUCGAUGGCCGUGAGAGAAGCUUCAAGGUCAAGGACCUCGACUUCUACAAGAUCAACGCAGACCACUCUGGUAUCUACAGAACUUCUUACUCCCCUGAGCGUCUUCAGAAGCUCGGAGAGGCCGCUAAGAAGGGUCUCCUUACUGUGGAGGACAGAGCCGGUAUGAUCGCUGAUGCUGGUGCUCUUGCUGCAUCUGGCUACCAGAAGACUUCUGGUGUCCUCUCCCUUCUCCAAGGCUUCGACACUGAACCCGAGUUCGUUGUUUGGGAUGAGCUCACUGCCCGUAUCGCCUCAGUACGUGCAGCUUGGGUGUUCCAAGACGACAAGGUCAAGGAUGCCCUCAAGGCUUUCCAACGCGAUCUUGUCAGCAAAAAGUCGCAUGAGCUUGGUUGGGAGUUCAAGGAGAGCGACGGUCACAUUGAGCAGCAGUUCAAGUCGCUCCUCUUCAGCAGCGCAGCCCUCUCUGGCGACGAGAAGACCAAGGCAGCAGCACUUGAGAUGUUUGAGAAAUUCAAGAACGGCGAUAGAUCAGCUAUCCACCCCAACCUGCGCGCCGGUGUUUAUGCCGUUGCCCUUCAGAACGGAGGUGAGGCCGAGUACGACGCCAUCCUGAACGAGUACAGAACUGCCAAGGUUGCCGAUGAGCGCAACACAGCGCUGCGCUCAAUUGGACGUGCUAGACAGCCCGAGCUCAUCAAGCGCACACUGGCUAUGGCUCUGAGCAAGGAGGUCAAGGACCAAGAUAUCUACCUCCCCCUUGGUGGACUCCGCUCUCACAAGGAGGGAAUUCUCGCACUGUGGGAUUGGGUCAAGGUGAACUGGGACACGAUCUACAAGAAGCUUCCUCCAGGCCUCAGCAUGCUCGGCAGUGUUGUCAGUCUCUGCACCAGCAGCUUCACCAGCGAGAAGCAGAUCCAGGAGAUUGAUGCGUUCUUCAAGGAGCGCAGCACCAAGGGCUUCGACCAGAGCUUGGCACAGAGCUUUGAUGCGAUCAGAGCCAAGGAGGGGUGGUUGAAGAGAGAUGCUGAGGACGUAGAGGCAUGGCUCAAGGCCAACAAGUACCUGUGA